GGGGUCAGAUGAAAAAGUCAGACCUUCUCAGUCUGUUUCACCUUCAGCUGAUUCCUGCCCCGUCUCCUGGAGGUUUGUCAGAUCAGAACCAUGACUGGAGGGAACCUGGAGGUGUUUGAUGCUGGGGUGAAAGGUCGAGGCCUGAAGGCCACCAAGGAGCUCCACACUGGGGAGGUGAUCUUCUCUGAACCCAGUUAUGCUGCUGUUGUCUUUGACAGUUUGGUCUCCCAGGUGUGCCAUGGCUGUUUCCGGCACCAGACCAAUCUCCAUCGCUGUGCUCAGUGCAGGUUUGCCCACUACUGUGACAGGACUUGCCAAACUGCAUGCUGGGAGGAGCACAAGCAGGAGUGUGCUGCCAUCAGGAGUUCUGGCUUCGUUCCCAACGAGAAGAUACGCUUGGCAGCCCGUGUUCUGUGGCGCAGAAGGAAAGACCAAGGUCUGGCUUCAGACAACCAGCUAGUAGCAGUAGACUUCCUGGAGCACCAUCUGGACCUUUUGCCUGAAGGAGAACUGAAAAAAGUCCACGAGGACGUGGUCUCCCUGCUGAAAUUCUGGUCCGGUACAACACAGCAGAACUCCACUGAGUUCCUGUCUCACAUCUUGGGACUGAUCAGAAACAAUAGCUUCCCUCUGAAGGACCAGAGAGGUCUGCAGGAUGUCGGUCUGGGGAUCUUCCCCAGUCUGGGUCUGGUGAACCAUGACUGCUGGCCCAGCUGCACCGUCACCUUCAACCACGGGAACCAAUCAGCUGUGAGUUCAGCUCUCCAUUCUAGGAAGAGGAUGGAGCUCCGAGCUCUGAGAACCAUCCCAGAGGGCGAGGAGGUGACCAUCAGCUAUGUGGACUUCUUGAAUCUAUCAGCUGAUCGGCAGAAGCAGCUGAAGGAGCGUUUUUACUUCGACUGCAGCUGUGAGCGCUGCAGCAGGAGCGUCAGCGAUGACCUGAUGUCAGCAGCAGCAGAGACUAAACCUCCUGCUGAGAAGGUCAAAGAGGUCACAGCCUUCAGUAAGGAGAGUCUGGAGAAGAUAGAAAAGGCUCGUGAUGCUGGAGAUCACAGUGAGGUGCUGAAGCUGUGUCAGGAAUGUUUGGAGAAGCAGGAGGGGGUUGUGGCCAACACUCAUCUGUCCAGACUCCGUGUGCUCAGUGUGGCGUCUCAGGUGCUCUCUCAUCUCAAGAAGUUUUCUGAGGCUGCAGAGUUGGCCCAGAAGAUGGUGGAAGGGUACAUGAAGCUGUACCACCCUAACAACACCCAGCUGGGCAUGGCCUUGAUGAGGGCAGGUGUCACCUACUGGCAUGCAGGUCAGAUCGAGGAGGGCCACAAGAUGAUCUGUGAGGCUUACAGAAUCUUGAUGAUCACCCAUGGACCCAACCACUCCAUCACCAAAGACCUAGAGUCAAUGAGGACACAGACCGAGAUGGAGCUGAAGAUGUUUAAGGAGAAUGACCUCAACAUGAAAGCUGCUGAGAAGAAGCUGCAGAUGACCACCAGCAGCAGCUCUGCUGAAGAAAACGUUAAAGAGUUUCUUCGCAAACAGUAAAGGAACCAGAGGUCUUGAUAUGAGACCAGACCAGAUCUAGACCAGGUCCUGGUCUGAGUCUUAGUCAUGAGAAGAAAUAAAACUGUACAUUAUCUCCAACAAA